AUGAAUCUGCUAUGUUUUACAAGGAGAAGUACGUCGAGCCUUUGGCAAGUUGCUAGUCGACGUCCCUUAUUUCCAGCUCUAGCAGUGCCCCAGAGAGGAUUUACAACGAAGAGAAAUGAAGAGGAAGGACAGCAAUUUAACCCGCGAUUACUAGGGAUUACUUCAGAAGUUUUCAUUCCAACGUCAUACAGGAAUUUGCCCAGUUUCUUUUCACAUCCCAUUGUGGUUUGCAAUUCUUUAAUUAGACGCCUUUAUGUCCUGGGGUUCAAUACCGUGAAGAUUGCACUAUUUCGCUCUCAGACGGGAGUUAAACCCAGUUUUCUACUGUGGAAGAACAAGGCUAUCGAGACGUAUAUUCAGGUUAACAAGGCGUUUGCUAGUAAGAGCAUUAAAUCUAUGAGAUUACAGUUGUCCGUUUGGGUGGAAGAGUCGCUGGCGUCAAGGAUCAGUCAUCUUCCCAAAAACAUGUCGUUGGACUGGCAAAUCAAGAAGUUUAAUAAAGUUCCAAAAUUGGUACUUGUUGAACCCGUUAUGAUGCCGGGAAAACCGCUAGAGCAUAUUCAAUUGAUUUAUAAAUUCGAUACGACGCAGGAGCUGAUUAAAUUGGAUAAAGUUACUAAGAAGACUGAGAAAGAGUUGAGGGAUAUAGUAGACUACAUGGUAUUUUUAUGUGACGUGAUGACAAAUGAAAUGAUUCUGCUGGGUUCUGUGUUUGAGAGUAAACCAAAUGCAAAAUUACCUUCUAAGCAAAAUGAACUUGACAAAAAGGGUAUGCUUAAGAGAAUGAAAGAAUGUAGUGACCUAUUCAGACUACCACCACAAUGA